UCUUAUCACUUAUUCACGCCACUCUCUCUCUCUCUCUCUCUCUCUCUCUCUCUCAUAUUUCAGAUCUGCCCUCAGGGAGACCCCAAACCCCUUCUUCCCUCUUCUCUCUUCACAAUUCACACUCCUUGAUGCCCCAACUUCCCUAAUGGAGCAGCUCAAGACCAUCGGCCGGGAGCUCGCCUCCCAAGGCGGCUUCGGCCAAUCCAAGGAGUUCCUCGACCUCGUCAAGUCCAUCGGCGAAGCUCGAUCCAAGGCCGAAGAGGAGCGCAUCGUCCUCCACGAGAUCGAAACCCUAAAACGACGCCUCUCCGAGCCUGACAUCCCCAAGCGCAAGAUGAAGGAGUACAUCAUCCGCCUCGUCUACGUCGAAAUGCUCGGCCACGACGCGUCGUUCGCUUACAUCCACGCCGUGAAGAUGACGCACGACGACAAUCUCGUCCUCAAGCGCACCGGCUACCUCGCCGUCUCGCUCUUCCUCAACGACGAUCACGACCCCAUCAUUCUCAUCGUCAACACCAUCCAGAAGGACCUGAAGUCUGACAAUUACCUCGUCGUGUGCACUGCCCUCAAUGCCGUCUGCAAGCUCAUCAACGACGAGACCGUGCCCGCCGUUUUGCCCCAGGUCGUGGAGCUCCUAGGGCACCAGAAGGAGGCGGUGAGGAAGAAGGCGAUCAUGGUUCUUCAUCGGUUUUAUCAGAAGUCGCCAUCGUCGGUUUCGCAUCUGGUGUCCAAUUUCCGGAAGCGGCUCUGUGAUAACGAUCCUGGAGUCAUGGGAGCCACGCUGUGCCCGUUGUUCGAUCUCAUUACCAUCGAUGUGAAUACGUAUAAGGAUUUGGUGGUUAGCUUUGUGAGCAUUCUGAAGCAAGUUGCAGAGCGUAGGUUGCCCAAGACCUAUGACUACCAUCAGCUUCCAGCGCCCUUUAUUCAGAUUAGGUUGUUGAAGAUUUUGGCAUUGUUGGGGAGCGGGGAUAAGCAAUCGAGUGAGAAGAUGUAUAUGGUAGUUGGCGACAUAUUUAAGAAGUGCGAUUCCACGAGUAAUAUAGGAAAUGCAGUUCUUUAUGAGUGUAUUUGUUGCGUUUCUGCAAUACAUCCUAAUCCAAAAUUGUUAGAACAGGCUGCUCAAGUCAUCUCAAGAUUUUUGAAGAGUGACAGUCAUAAUUUGAAAUAUAUGGGCAUUGAUGCUCUUGGUCGACUGAUAAAGAUCAGUCCGGAGAUAGCUGAGCAACACCAGUUGGCUGUCAUUGAUUGCUUAGAGGACCCGGAUGACACUUUGAAGCGAAAAACAUUUGAACUGUUAUACAAGAUGACAAAGUCCUCCAAUGUGGAGGUGAUUGUUGACCGUAUGAUUGAUUACAUGAUAAGCCUUAAUGAUAACCAUUACAAAACAUAUAUAGCAUCUCGAUGUGUGGAGCUUGCUGAGCAAUUUGCUCCGAGCAAUCAAUGGUUUAUCCAGACCAUGAAUAAAGUCUUCGAACAUGCGGGAGAUUUGGUGAAUGUUAAGGUGGCACAUAACUUGAUGAAAUUGAUCGCCGAGGGAUUUGGAGAGGAUGAUGAUACUGCAGAUAGUCAGUUGAGAUCAUCUGCGGUGGAGUCAUAUUUGCGCAUCAUUGGAGAGCCAAAGCUUCCGUCUGUAUUUCUUCAGGUCAUUUGUUGGGUUUUGGGGGAAUAUGGAACUGCUGAUGGAAAGUAUUCUGCUUCGUAUAUCACUGGGAAGUUAUGUGAUGUGGCAGAGGCAUAUUCAAAUGAUGAAACUGUCAAGGUACUGUGCACUGGUGACGGGACAGUAGUGGACGGAGCUGGGUGUGCGGAACAAGUUCGGUUUGUUUGUUGCAGCCCGGUGCAUUAUGCAAUGGUGUUGUAAUUUAUCCUGUAAGUUAGGAUGAACAUGGUUGAAGCUGAGAGGUUUCUUGCUGUUGCAGUUGUAGGUAUAGAACUUAAUAUAUUGUUUAUUUCUCACUUGUUAGACUUCCACUAUGUAGUGAGCAUUAUGGGUGUGUUUACUUACUAAAUUGUUGUUUCAACUUAAUUUCUAAACUUGGUGCAAUGUAAUAUGUGACUCUAAAGAAUGAGUCUAUAUUGAUAUUGUGGGUUCAAAGCACCAU